CUUGCCUCUCCCGCUCACCAUGUCGGCUGAACUGCUCGUCCCCUUACACGUUUCUUAUAUCCAGAAUCUAGGCAAAAGCAAGGAUGAUCUCGCCUACCAUCUUACUGCGCACCUCCGGAUGAACGCGAUAUACUGGGGCCUCACUGCUCUCUGCAUUAUGGGCCACCAGGACGCGCUUGACAGAGAAGAGAUGAUAGAUUAUGUCUUCAGCUGCUGGAAUGAAGAGGCAGGAGGAUUCGGUGCCCAUCCCGACCACGACGCUCAUCUUUUGUCAACUCUGAGCGCUAUCCAGAUACUCGUGACACAAGAUGCUCUCGAUAGAUUGAACACCGAACGAGUAGUGAAAUUUAUCCUGUCAUUGCAGCAGCCGUCUGGUGUCUUUGCUGGGGAUACAUUCGGUGAGAUCGACACACGAUUUCUUUACUGCGCCGUCAAUGCAUUGUCUCUCCUGAAUCGUUUGUCUGACCUCGAUGUGGAGAAAACCGUCUCGUACGUUGUCCAAUGCAGAAACUUUGAUGGCGGUUUUGGGGGUGUUUCAGGAGCAGAGAGCCAUGCCUCCCAGGUGUUUGUAUGCCUCGCCGCCCUCGCCAUACUGGACCGAUUGGACGUCGUUGAUCAUGAUACCCUUGCUUGGUGGCUUUCAGAACGUCAGCGACCAAAUGGUGGUCUGAACGGACGACCUGAAAAAUUAGAAGACGUCUGUUACAGCUUCUGGGUCUUGUCGUCCCUUUCAAUCCUCAAUAAAGUAGAUUGGAUUGACGCUGAUAAGUUGACGGCCUUCAUUCUAUCUGCUCAGGAUCCAGAGCAAGGCGGUAUCGCAGAUCGGCCGGGAGACAUGGUAGAUGUGUUUCAUACGCACUUUGGCAUUGCAGGCCUUUCGAUCCUUGGCUACCCAGGACUGGUCGACCUAGACCCGGUGUAUUGUAUGCCAGCCAACAUAAUUGAAGCGAAAGGGUUAAAGAAAGGGUGGAAAGCUCUUCAGCGACAACCUUUGCAGGCGACGUCGGCUACCGCGACGUAGCUUUCGCCUCAUUUUUUUAAACAGCGCUACCCGUGUUUCUAUCAUCUAGUUUCUUCACUUGAAUUGAAUUGUAUCCAAUAUUUUGCUGCCAAUGCGACAUUUCGUUCAGGAACUUUCAGC